CGAAACAGGCUCAUCACCUUUUAGAAGUUUUCUUGAUUCAUUUUAAAUCUGAUUUAGUUUUUCUUAUCAAUAGUUUUUGGCUAACUUUGAGAGUUUUUUAUUCUCUGUUUACAUUAUAACAGUAGUGAAUUACAUAUUUUGCUACUAAAGAUAGGCUAAGUUCAUUUCGUUAAACAUGCUAAAUUUCCGAUGUAUGUUGUUAUUGUCAAAAUUGUAACCACUAUUAUGUUGAUAUGCUAAAUUUAUGGCUAACGUCUAUAAAUUAUGUAAUGUUUUCGAGUUUUCGGCAAUCGUUGCCCUUUUUUUAGCUUAAUCACAUUAGCUCAAAUAAGUACUUCUAGUUAUUUGAGCUAAUGUGUGAUUGUUUAGCCCUUUAACGUCUAUCUUUUGCCUUUGUAUAUCAAAAAUAGUGGGCCUGUUUAAAAGACAUCAAAAAUAAAGACAUUAUUUUUUAAUGAUGUUUAUUUUCUUGUUGAUUUCAGAGUGUGAAUAUGAAACCACAGCACCUUAUGUAAUAAAACAGUUGAUGGUUUAACUUGAUGGCAUUGUUUAAUUUAGUCUGAGGGUAAUAAAUCAAUAUAACAGAAUCGGAGCGUGACUGUGGUUUUCUGCUCCAAUCCUCUGUCGCUGAGCAGGUCACAUGUCUGUGUUCAUUGUCCGCAGAGCAGGGUGUGAACAGUGGGAGAACGAGCGUGGGUUGGGCGGCAGUUUUUUCCGGCAGCAUCAGCAUCACUUGUCAACAUUCUCAGCCUUCUGUCAUCGUUUUCUGUCAUCUUUGGUAAAGAUGCUGCGUGCGGAGGACGAAGAUGAUGAGGAUAGUUUCGCUGAUCGGAUUCUCACAUGAGGUGUGUCCGUUUGUCUGACUGUCUGUUUAUCGCCACCUGUGUGGAGGAGAGAAGGCAAAACUGCGGCCAUCGCCCCUCAGAGAUGAUGGCUAUGUGUUGUUGUGACGUACACAUGUUUACUCUUUGAAUUUAUUAUUUCUGAGCUAAGGAAAUGUCUAAGACCAAACAGAGUGAGUCGUUGAGGGUGGUGGUCCGCUGUCGGCCGCUCAGCAGGAGAGAGGAGCUCUCAGGGUGUGAAAACAUCCUGGAUGUGGACGAGAAACUGGGCCAGAUCACCAUCAGGAAACCAAGGGCUCCACCUGAGGAACCCAUGAAGGUUUUCACGUUUGAUUCUGUCUACGGCAUUGAGUCCAAGCAGAGGGACAUUUAUGAUGAUGCGGUGAGACCUAUUGUGGAGUCGGUGGUGCAGGGAUUCAAUGGAACCAUUUUUGCCUAUGGACAGAGUGGGACAGGUAAAACGCACACCAUGCAGGGGGUCUCCAACGACGUGGAACGGAGAGGGGUUAUACCCAACUCAUUUCAGCACAUUUUCACUCAGAUCUCCAGGACUCAGAAUCAGAAAUUCCUGGUGCGGUCCUCCUAUCUGGAGAUCUACCAGGAGGAGAUUAGGGAUCUGCUGUGCAAGGACAACAACAGAAAGCUGGAGCUCAAAGAGAAUCCAGAGUUCGGGGUCUACGUCAAGGACUUAUCCGCUGUCGUGACCAAGAACGCCACAGAGAUUGAGCAUGUCAUGAACAUGGGAAACCAGUCCAGGUCUGUGGGGUUCACCAACAUCAACGAGCGCAGCUCCAGAUCUCAUGCCAUCUUUGUCGUCACCGUGGAGUGCAGUGAGGUGGGGCCAGACGGUGAGGACCACAUCCGGGUUGGAAAGCUGAACAUGGUUGAUCUGGCAGGGAGUGAGCGUCAGAGCAAGUCUGGGGCCAAAGGAAAGCGACUGAAGGAAGCAGCAAAAAUCAACCUGUCUCUGUCAGCGUUAGGUAACGUCAUUUCAGCGCUGGUGGACGGCAAGAGCAGCCACAUUCCGUACAGAGACUCCAAACUGACCCGCCUGCUUCAAGACUCACUGGGGGGAAACGCAAAGACGGUUAUGAUCGCCACAGUGGGGCCUUCGCACAAAUGUUUUGAUGAAUCCCUGGCCACACUCAGGUACGCCAGCAGGGCCAAGAACAUCAAGAACAAGCCUCGCAUCAACGAGGACCCCAAAGACGCUCUGCUGAGGGAGUUUCAGGAGGAGAUUGCACGUCUGAAGGCGCAGCUGGAGAGACAAGGGAUGCUCGCAAAGGAGAGGAGGAUGAGAAGGAACAGUAGAAGACUGAGUAAGAAUAUGGCUGGGAUGGAGGACGACAUCCUUAAGGAAAUGGAUGAGGAGGUUUGGAAGGAUAAAACAAUGGAGAAACAUCAUAAUGACAGGCCCAAGAGUUUAAUCUGCCCUGGAAGUGGUGAAAGGUUGAAGCCGCUGCAUGAGCACAGACGAAGUCUCGGAGACUUACAGUGGGAUCAGGAGGCUUUGGAGAAGAUCAUAGAAAAGUAUCAGACCAUGGAGAGCAAAUUGUUGGUGGGAGGAAAGACUAUAAUUGAUCACACCAAUGAACAACAGAAGAUGCUGGAGCAGAAGAGGCAGGAGAUUUCAGAACAGAUAAGACGAGAACGAGAGAUCCAGCAGCAGAUGAUGCUGCAGGAUGAGGAGACCUUAGAAAUGAGAGAAACGUUCUCCACCAUGCAGCAGGAGGUGGAAUUGAAGACAAAGAAGCUGAGGAGGAUUUUUGCCAAACUGCAGCUGGUGAAGGCAGAGAUGAGAGAUGUCAUGGAUGAACACAUCACCACCAGACAGGAGCUUGAGCAGACGCAGAAUGAGCUCACCAGAGAACUGAAGUUCAAAUAUCUCUUGAUUGAGAAUUUUAUUCCUCCUGAGGAAAAAAACAAGAUUAUGAACAGACUGUACUUUGACAGCGAGGAGGAUCAGUGGAAGCUGCAGCCUGUCCUACCAUCAGAGAGUGCAUCCACUCGGGUAAAGAAACGUCCUCUCUCUGCUGUGGGAUACAAGAGGCCAAUCAGCCAAUAUGCACAGAUGGCUGUUGUCACUGCUACAGGGGCUCCAUUCAGAUACCAGGCUGAAAAUAUCAUGCUGUUGGAGUUGGACAUGUCUCCACCCACCAUGUUUCAUUUGAACCCUAAUGGAGCUCACCUGGAGAGGGCCUUCUCCCCAAGGCUGAUCCAGCAUAUUCUGAAUGUUCCGGUUAGAGAGAGAAGCACAUCGUACCCGCGGGUGAGGAAAUCACAGUCCUGGUAAGAAAUACAGUCUUUUUAUUUUCUCAUGUUUGCAGCUGCCUUUGUGAGCAUACAUCUACAUACAGCCUGUCAACUCUAUAUGAUGUUUUACUGUGGUCUACAGGUGGAAUUCUGCACAAGCAUCAUCAUCAUCAUCAUUUUCCUCCACAAUGCCGACAUCAGCAUCUCAGAGCUUCUCUCCGUCGCGCAGACGGAGACCUUCUUCUGCUUCCUAUCUUCCUCUUGAGGAUCCAGCUGACACCAGCCCUUAACAUGUGUCCAUUCACCUGUGUAUGGUAGCUCCAACAUACUCCAGGCUGAGUGCAUGUCAUCACUUUGCUGCAAAGAGGAACAUCCUUCAUUGAUUUCCAAAGAUGCCUGUCAACCGAAUGGAGUGGAUAAUCUGUAAACUGGUCUUUUCCUGUUUUCUGUAUUUAUGCUUACUGAACCACAUCAUAUCUGUUGGCUUACAUUGGUACAACCAAAUAGCACAGGUAUGGCUUAAAUGUCUUUUAAGUUAUCUUUAAUAUCACAAAUCAAUCAUCAGGGUUGUCUGUGCUGUAUGUUGUGCUGCUUGCUUUUCCUGUGUGAUUUGGCAUAAACAAAGACACAUUCUGUAAAAUACCAAAAGGCAUUUUCUUAUGCAUCAUAAACAUUUAUUUCUCUCAAAGCACCUACACACAUAGAACAUUCCAAAACUAACCAUUUAACAACCCAAAUGUUACACACUGAACUUUAAUUAUGCAAAGGUUUUUUGAAAUAAACCUUUUUCUUUCUUCCAAAGACAGGGAGGUUACUGUUAGAGUAUGAUGCCGAAGAUGAGGAUCCAGACUCUGCUUAUAAAGCUGAUUUGCUUAUAUGUUUGAAUGCUUGAAGCUAACAUAAUUUUGAGCCAAAAAAAGUGUAAAGAAAGCUUGCAGUGCUCUUUUGAUCUGCUGCCUUAUUUUUUCAUUGUUGGGAAAUUGUGCAAAUCCAUUUGCUUACUCAAAUUAAAAAGACCUAAA